GUUGUGACUAGGAAGGAACUAGCAGAUUGGAGCCUGGGUCUGGGGGUUUGCUAGAAGCUGGACUUCAGCUGGGGCUAGAGUUUCCCCGCGGUGACAGCAUCCGCGGCCUCCGGAGGACCAUGUCACUAGACUUUGGCAGUGUGGCACUGCAGACACAAAACGAAGAUGAAGAAUACGACAACGAAGAUUAUGAAAGGGAGAAAGAGUUGCAGCAGUUACUCACAGACCUGCCCCAUGAUAUGCUGGAUGACGACCUGUCCUCCCCUGAGCUCCACUCCUCGGACUGCAGCGAGGACGACACAGAGGGACGACCUCAUCCUUCUGAGCAAUUGGAGAUAAACUGGAAUGACCAUCAGGUGCUGCCUAAAUCUAAAAGUGCAAACGACUAUAAUGAGAUUCGGGAUAUAUACAUGGGAGAGAAAAUCGGCAAUGGCUGGGAAGAGAAUCCAAGUAAGAGUGAAGAGCAGCAUCCUGGGUACCAUCCCGAAGAAGGUGGAGAUGAAGGCGGAAGGGGUUACAGUCCUCCGAGUAAAUAUGAACAGACUGAUUUAUAUCACCUUCCUGAAGACUUUAGGCCAUUUACCAAUGGUCAGAAGCAGGAAUUUAAUAAUCAGCCAGCCAAUGUAAUUAAAUUUUCAGAUCCUCAAAGGAAUCAUUUUCAGCAAUUCGGUGCAUCACAAGCUCCCAGUUGUCAAGUGUUGGAACCGCCGUAUACAGUGGUAUAUAAACCUUACCAGUCUCCUGCUCAGCACAGUGACUCACCAGCCCAGGAGAUAGCAGGAGGUGACACAUUUGAAGGCCUGCAACAACAAUUCUUAGGAGCUAAUGAAAGUUCUUCAGAAAAUAUGCAGAUCAUUCAACUUCAGGUUCUUAACAAAGCAAAAGAGAGGCAACUGGACAAUUUAGUUGAAAAGUUAAAUGAAAGUGAGCGUCAGAUCAGGUAUCUGAAUCACCAGCUUCUGAUCAUCACAGAUGAAAAGGAUGGUUUGGCCCUUAGCCUUCGAGAAUCACAGAAACUCUUUCAGAAUGGAAAAGAAAGAGAGAUACAGCUUGAAGCACAAAUCAAAGCGCUGGAGACCCAAAUACAAGCACUAAAAGUCAAGGAAGAACAGAUGAUUAAGAAGUCCAGGACGACGGAAAUGGCCCUGGAAAGCCUGAAGCAGCAGCUGCUGGACCUGCAUCACUCCGAGUCCCUGCAGCGCGCCCGGGAGCAGCACGAGAGCGUCGUGGCGGGCCUCACCAACAAGUACGAGGAGCAAGUGCUGUCCUUACAAAACAAGUUGGAUGCUACGGUGGCUGCCCUUAAGGAACAGGAAGACAUUUGCUGUCAUUUGAAAGACAAGGUGAAACAACUGGAAAGGAAUCAAGAAGCAACCAAAUUAGAAAAGACGGAGAUGAUUAACAGAUUGUCCAGAAGUCUAGAGGAGAGUCAAAAGCAGUGUGCCAACUUGCUGCACUCAGGCUCAGUCCAGGAGGUGGCUCAGCUCCGGCUCCAGCUGCAGCAAGCUCAGAAGGCACAUGCUAUGAGUGAAAGCAUGAACAGGGCUUUGCAGGAAGAAUUAACAGAACUAAAAGAUGAAAUUUCUCUCUAUGAAUCUGCUGCAAGACUAGGAAUACUUCCAAGUGACUCAGAAGGAGAAUUAAACGCAGAACUCAUGGAAUCAUACGUGGAUUUGGGUAUUAAAAAAGCCAACUGGAAGAAAUCCGAAGUUAAGAGCAUGGUCCAGCAAGAAGACCCAGGUAAAGAGCUUUCCAACGAUGAGGUGAUCCUGAGGCUGAAAGCACAAGUGCAGCGUUUGCUGGGCAGCAACUCCGUGAAGCGCCGCCUGGUGUCUCAGCUGCAGAGUGACCUCAAAGGCUGUUGGAAGAAAAUCGAAGACCUACAGCAAGGGCAGAAGGAUGUAGAAAGCAUCACGGUCGAGACUAAAACAGAUCCCUCUUCUACUUCUGAAUUGAUUGUCAAAGAUGAUAUUCUGCGACUUGAAAAUGAAAUUCAAGUUUUGCAACAACAAAAUCAGGCACUAAAAGAAAUGGAAGAAAAACUGAGAAAUACAAAUCAGGAGUUAUGUAAUCAAAUGAGACAAAUGGUACAAGAUUUUGACCGUGAUAAACAAGAAACUAUUGAUAGGUGUGAGAGGACUUACCAGCAGCACCAUGAAGCUGUGAAAGCCCAGAUUCGAGAGAGCCUGUUAGCGAAGCAUGCUGUGGAGAAGCAGCAGCUCUUUGAGGUCUAUGAGGGGACUCGCUUGCAACUUAGGUCUGAACUGGAUAAGAUGAAUAAGGAGAUGGCCGCUGUGCAGGAGUGUUACCUGGAAGUGUGCAGAGAGAAGGGUGACCUAGAAUCAACUCUCAGGAAGAGCAUCGAAAAGGAGCAGCAGAUGCAGGAGAAGAUGAAAGAAGAACUUUUUCAACAGAUUGAAAAGGAGUGGCAGGCUAAGCUGGCUCAAACGGCAAAGGCAAUGAAAAAGACAACCUCUGACUGUUACAGCCAGACGGACCAGGUAGCCGCCAAAGAUGCUGUUUCCCAGAAAGAGAUGGCAAUGGUGGCAGAAGGACAGGAGCAGGGGGCCCAGCAGGAUCUAGAGCAGGAAAAGGAAAGAGCUAUCAAGGCAGCCUUGAAGAAACUCGAGGUUGAAUUGGAACUCAAAUAUUGUGAAAACAUUGCCAAACAGGUAGAAACAGCUGUGCAAAAUGCUCGCCAUCGAUGGCUGGAAGAACUGCCUGAGCUUGCAGAGUAUAAAGCACGUGUCAGAGCGGAACAGAAGAGGUGGGAAGAACAGCAAGAGGUCUUUUUGGCCAAACGGAUAUCGUUUGCUGUUUCUGAAGCUAAAGAGAAAUGGAAAAGCGAGCUUGAAAAUACGAAGAAAAAUGCAACACCUGGAAACAUGCAACACCUGGAAAAAUUGGAGGAGAAGAUUCAUUCUCUUCAGAGAGAGCUGGAACUGAAGGACGAGGAAGUCCCUGUGGUUGUCAGGGCCGAGUUGGCAAAGGCCCGGAGUGAAUGGAACAAAGAAAAGCAAGAAGAAAUCCACAGAAUUCAAGAACAAAAUGAGCAAGAUUACAGACAAUUUUUAGAUGAUCAUAGAAAUAAAAUUAAUGAGGUGCUUGCAGCAGCUAAAGAAGACUUUCUGAAACAGAAAGCUGAACUGCUCCUCCAGAAGGAGACAGAAUUGCAAACCUGUCUAGACCAGAGUCGCAGGGAGUGGACUGUGCAGGAAGCCAGGCGGGUCCAACUGGAAAUCUGUCAGUACGAGGAGGACAUUCUGACUGUCCUUGAACUUCUCCUAAAGGAUACCCCGAAGGAGCAAGCCCCUGGUUCAGAGAACAGGCAACUCUCAGAACUCAUGUCGACGUGUUCUUCAAAGUGGGCGUCUGUGCGAUAUUUUGAAAAACUAAAGGCCUGCAUUCAGAAAGCACUUCAAGCACUCUCCCUACUUACGGAAAACACCAACUCAGAAUGGGAAAAGAGAAACAUGGGUGUCACCGGCCGAGGAGACCCUGGAACCCUGGUCAUCCUUCCUGCACCCACGUCUGGACACCAUGCUCAGACCUCGGCCUCAAAACAAACAGAAGCAGAAGCUGGUUUUAGAUGGUUGAGAAUAUCUAAUUGCUCAUUAGAUAAGAAAAAGAUCCCCGAGAUUAAAGGUUCAUGCUGUGGACACAGCUUCCAAGAACUUGAAAAGGCAAAGCAGGAAUGUCAAGAUCUGAAAAGAAAACUGGAGAAAUGCUGUAGGCAUCUUCAGCAUUUAGAAAGGAAGCACAAAGCCGUAGUGGAAAAAAUCGGAGAAGAGAAUAGUAAAGUUGUUGAAGAAUUAAUAGAAGAAAACAAUGACAUGAAGAGUAAAUUGGAAGAACUGAGAACACUUUGUAACUUACCACCAAGGUCAUUGUCAGAAGGGGCCAUUGAACAUGCUUGCCUGCCGUGCAAUCAGGGGGCCUUGGAAGAGCUUCGUGAGCAGUACAUUAAAGCAGUGAAAAAAAUCAAGCGUGACAUGCUGCGCUACAUUCGGGAGAGUAAGGAGAGAGCUGCGGAAAUGGUCAAGGCAGAGGUGUUGCGAGAACGUCAAGAAACCAUCCGUAAGAUGCGCACGUACUAUUUGACCUGCCUCCAACAGAUCUUGCAGGAUAAUGGGAAACAGGAGGGAGCUGAGAAAAAGAUUAUGAAUGCUGCUAGCAAACUUGCUACAAUGGCAAAGCUGCUGGAAACACCUAUUGCAAACAGAUCCCAGAGCAAAACCACAGCGUCAGUACUGCCCCUGACUUCAGAGAUAAUUGGUGUUGAAAAAUCAAAAAGUAAUGAUGUGGACAAGACUCUACCGGGUCACACUGAAAGCAAAUCAAACAGUAUGAAAACUCUCCCCAAAAGUAUGUGCGACCAGGUUCCCAAGAGGCGGGCUGCUUGCGACCUUCGGAGGCGGCUGGAGGCGGCGGAGCUUGGGGACCCAAAGCACGUGGGUCCCAAAGGGUCGCGUGCAGACUUUCAGGGUGGGGAUUGCAGUCACAAACAUCUGCACGCGUCGCCAGGGGCUGCCUCUCCCGAGUUUGUCCCUUGGGAAGGCGAAGGGGGCUAUGGUUUGCACAGGAAGAAAGACCUCCUCGGUGACGCCGGCUCGGGCUCGUGUCUGCAGGCAGCCGAAUACCCCUUCCUCGGACCCUUCGGAAGCAAGUCCUCGCCGAGAAAUGGCCCCGCUCUUUCCGAAUCGGGAUCCGCACACAUAACUUGUCGGAGUCCUAAUGAAAGACUGGGCUUCAAAGUCUCCAAAUGUGUUCCACUCACUGAAAGGGAAUCGGACAAAAGUGAGGGUCUGGGUGUCGAGGAAGCUCCUGUCAAGGACGGCGGGGACCCCGGCGCCUCGCUGGGCUGGCAUUCCAGCAGCGCCACCUUGCCCUGCGGCAGCCCCGAGGCAUCCUUUCUCCGAGACACUCUGGAGGUGCUCGCCGGGGCUGGUCAUUUCAAACAGUUCUUAGCAGCCGGUUGCCUUUCAGAGAAAGAGAAAAAUCAUAAGAAUUCUCCACCGAUGCAGUGCCGGACUUGUCGCACUCCAGACCUGUCCGAAGAAGCCAUGUAUGCCCAGCCGGGGAAGACCAGCAUGACCCCUGGACACCCAGCUCGUCCUACCGCGGAUCUAUUGGCGGCAGAUUUCAAACAGCUGAGCAGUGCAGAGCCGUCUUCAGCGCAUCGGCAACCUUCGAGAAGGCCGAUGGCCCCUCUGUCCAGCCAGCAGGACAGCGGCUUCGACAGCCCCUUUGUCAAUCUUGACUAAUCGUUGUACAGUAUUUAAGAAGAAUAUAUUGGCAAGAAAACUGGAAGGGAAGACUUCAUAUUGAAAAAUGUUUUGAGAUGUUUUAAUGACAUCUAUUCUAUGAGUAAAGUAUUCCCAUAAAACUACUUGAGAUAUUCAUGUCGCCUUAAUCUCCCAAAGGCCUGAUAGUGUCUGUGUAAUCUGUUUCCGUGUGGUGUUUAUAUUUGGUUGCUAAACCAUCUAUUUUUUUAUACUUACAAAUUAUCUCUCUGUGCACUGUUAAAUUAUUUAAAUAAACUUGC